AUAUCAAACACACACACACAAACACGACCGAAUAGCCAACUAUAACAUAAAUAAGUCUUUUUGUUUGUCCAGUUUGUCUCGCAAUAAUUUAAGUCAAAUGUAAAACAAAAAAAGUUCAAAAUUGUUAUUGUUUAUAUAGAAGCUUAAGCUUAAGCCGUUAUAAAAGAAAUUCCAUCGCUGGACAUGGAUAUACUUGAUAUUGAUGAGGCUCUUAAGGAUGAUUCAUAUAUAUUUCUGGCGGAUAGGUCCCAUGAUGAUGUCUCCAAUAUAUUGCAACAGUGGAAAACAAAUAAUCAGACGCAAAUGCAAAUGCAGCUGCCCUACAGCAAUGAGCAAGCGUACAAGCUUAACUCAAAGACAUUUACACGGCCUAAACGAAGAUCACAAGCUGCACAGAAUCUGGAAACACAGUUUACACAAAAUGCUUCUGUUCCAGGGGCAACAACACCAGCCAUGCUUCAAUUGGAAAUUGGUGGACUAGUUACCACUAAUACCAAUAUGCACAACAAAUCCUUCUUGCAAGAUACUUCACCACCAUCAUCCCUAUGCUCAUCGAUGACAAAUGAUCGUAUGAACAACUCGUUGAUAACAUCGGCAGAUUUUUCGAACCUCAACUUCCUUCAGUCAACAGCAAGUUUGGAGCAGGAAUUGAAUUUAACAACGACAUUAACCAACUUUGAAAAUAUUGGUGGUGGUGGUGGUGGUGAUGGUGGCCUGGGUGGAUAUUCAUUGAGUGACAUGAUCAGAGAUCGUAAGGCUCUUGAAACUCUCACGAUGUGUGAUGAUGAUGGAACUUUGAUCAAAGACUCGCACAUUGGGCAAAUAGAUGAGAUAUCGCUGACAUUGAGCAAAACAGCCUCCGGUUGCAGUACAAUGGACAAUAGCACUGACAGUAUGUCCAAUCCUUUGGCCACUGAAAGGAAUUUGCCCAUUUGUAAUGCCCUACAAAGAACCAUGAUAUUGAGCGAGGAGAUGAUUGGUGAUACAACAUUCAAUUUGGUUGAUAGUUUGACCACACCAACAACUGAUUCGGAAUCCUUGCCAGCCUUCGAUGGAAAUUUAACAUUUAAACGACCAAAUCGGGCCCCAGCGUUGAAUGAGACAUUGGUAUUGGCUUCACGGCAGGUUAAUACGACAUUUACAGAAGGAUGUGAUACACCGGAGGCUCGCUGCGAAACUCCAGAGAAUGUUGAUAAAAAGUUGGCUGCUCUCAAUAUGGAAUCGUCCACCCCGCUCACCACAAACAGUAUGCGUUCCCAUUAUCAUUAUAAUAACAACAAUAAUAAUAAUAACAAGACCGGAUAUACGCCCACUUUGAAGGGUGGGCGCAACGAAGAAGUUAACCUAUCGCCAAUCGUGGGGACGCCCCAACGUCUUAACACCACCUAUGAGCCAACACCUAAGAUGGCGCCAUUCGAUGGUGAGAAAUUCGUUAUGGACACUAUGGAAUUGUUGGAGCAAAUCGAGCAGCCACUGGAUGGCACAUAUAACAUGUCCGAGGAACACAAACAGAUGCAAUGCGUCAUGGAUCUGGCAGAAGCGGAAGUAGAGCUGCUGGCCCAACAAGGCGAUGAAGAGCAAUUUGAAAACAUGCUGGCCGAGAUCAGCAAAGUAAAUUUGAAUGCUGAGCAAUUAAAAAUGCAGAAAUCUCUGGAUAGUAUCAAAAAGCGUUUUCACAAAGAUGACGGGGGCGACCAACAAGAAGAACAUCAGCAGCAGCAACACCAGCUGGAGGAGCAACAUCAUCAUCUUGUUGAGGCCGAGAAGGAUAGAGUGGAGACGACACCCAACCAUAGCCACAGCUUUGGGAGCACGAAUGGAGCUGCAAACGGAAGUGGUGGAGCAGGAGCAGCUGCAAACGGAAGCAGUAGCAGCAGCGGUGGUGGAAAGGAACGUUUACUUAGUCGACGCAGUCGUCUUUAUGAUGAUCUAAAUCUAAGCUCCAUGCAGGGCAGCAAUAAUAGCACCAACAGUUGCAAUUCCACUUCUUUUAUUGUCCAGAGAAGGGAUGACCACCAACACCACCACCAUGACCAAGGAGGUGAGGAGGAGCAGCAGCAACAACAACAACGGUACCAGGAGGACAACAUUGGAGAAAAUCAUCAAUCUCAUCUUCAAACAGAGAUUGAUCCACCUAGCUUUAAGCUUGCCGAGCGUCGUGAACGUGAUAGAGAACGCUUUAGGACCAUUAAAAUCACCAGGGAAAUGCGUCAAGAGCAGGAGCAAGAACGUGACAUAAUAGUGCCUUGUAUCGAUGAUGAGCAGCACCAACAACAGCAGGAGCAACAGGAGAAUCCAGAAUUAGAACGACAACCCUCGCCACCAGGACGACUUUCGCGACGCGAUCAGAAUCCUGUCUUCAACAAUAACAAAACGGAAGUAAGUUCCAACAAUUUCCUAACAUAUAAGAAACCCAAGGAAAAGAGUCUAAUCAGUCGACGACCGCUGCCCGAAGCUCAUCAUUAUCAACCACAUCAGCAAGAAGUUCCAUCAACAUCGUCGACGACAUCAGUUCUACCGCAACCGCGAUCUCUCUCACGUCCGCGUUACAUAAGCGGUCUGCAAAAGUUCACCACGGUGAGCAAGGCCACUUCAGCGGGAGCGGGUCUGAAUGCGGCGCCUCCAGCGGCACCCGUAUCAACCACUGUGCCUACUGGUGCCACUGGUGAGCUCAAAAGUCCCAUGGGCAUUAAGUCCAAAUCGUUCCAUAAUCUAUCCUCCAACAUUGGUGGUGGUGCUGCUGCCUUAUCGCGUCCCAGUCUUGGCGGUGGCCUAAGACGACCCGGUGUACAGCCCUCCAAGCUAAUGAGUGGACUGCGUGGAGCAUCACAACAAGCACCAGAGGAGGAUCCAUCCGUUUUUAAGGUGCCAAAAUUGGUCAGCGGCUUGCGUGGCCCAGCACAAGGAGGAGGAGGAGCCAAAAGAACCAUGGGCAAUGGCCUGACGCGGCCAUCAUCUGGUUACUAUAGUCUAAGUGUUAAGCCUGCUCCCGAGGCAGAUACCCCAGAGAGUCUCUCGUCGGCUUCAUCGCGUGGAAGUCUGUAUGGCAAGGAUAUGAAAGCAAUAAAUGGAGGAGUAGGUGGUAUCAAUAACCAUCAAUCAGCAUUAGAUGCACAGACGCUAACAUCAAAGUUAACACAGGUGACAACUGGAGCUACGGGUAUACCCAAACCAUCUGGACUACGUCAACCCACACAGAUGAAACGCAGUGGCUUGCCACGGCCAUCAAGUAUUGUGAGGCGUUGAAUUAAUCUGUCUUCUAGUUUACAUUAUUAUUUUUGUGUUAGCCAUCAUCACUCCUUAUCUUCUGUCCCUAAUUCCCAAUUCUGUGUAGUGUUUUGUAUCCCGUUUUCCCAUUUUUUUGUUCAUUUAUUUCCGAUUAGAAUAUGCCUUCAUCAA